CAUACAGCACUUCAUAUUGCCAGCAAGAAAGGACAUUCACAAGUUGUUAAAGUACUACUCGAUCAUGAUCGUGCUUCAUUCAUUAAUGACACUGAUUCUUGUAAAUGUACUCCACUUUUCAUUGCAUGUGAGGAAGGACAUGCACAGGUAGUUAAAGUAUUGCUGGAGUAUGAUGCUGAUGUCACUGUAGCUGAUCAGGAUGGUCUUAAUCCUCUUGAUAUUGCUGUAGAGGAAGGACACAGAAAUGCUGCAUUGGCUAUAGUCAAUAGUGACCAGUGGGAGUUUGCAUUACGAAAUUACAUUUAUAAGACUAAAAGAAAUGGAGUGAGAAAAUGGUGUCCAUGGAUUGGAAGAAGAAAAGACUCAACAGAGUCUAAAACACAAAUCAUAACACCAAUGAGAAGAAUAAUUAUGAAACUGCCAGAUGUAGCUAGAGCUGUUUUUGAUCGCUGUUGUGUUAAAAAAUUAUCGCCGGAUGAUCCUGAUUUUGAGAUCACUUGUAAUUAUGAGUUUCUUGAAGAUUUUGAUUUACAUGAUGAUUAUCCAUUUUCUAAGUGGCCUCCACCAUCAGAAUACUCUAGUCAGAACCACUGUCUUUAUAUUCUUGCUAACUCACCAAGCUCAGAUUUGCUAAAGCAUCCUCUUGCUUCUUCACUUCUUGAUCGAAAAUGGAGUAAAUAUGGACGAAUAGUCUAUUACACUAAUUUGAUAUUUUAUUUUAUUUUUGUUAUUCUACUGGGAUCAUUUGCUCUGACUGUCCCUUCACCAAAUUCUACAUUAUGUAAGUUAUAAAGUAGUUUAUGAAUUACCUAUCAU